AUGUUCUUCAGCAAAGCACUGGCUGCUGCCGCCGGCCUCUUGGCCACUGCUGCUUAUGCCGCACCGACUAUGGAGAAGCGUGCGGCUGGAGGCAAGGUCGUCGUCUACUGGGGUGCCGAGGACGACAGCACCACGCUCGCCCAAGUCUGCGCCGAUCCCUCCUACGACAUUGUCAUCCUGGCCUUCCUCAGCCGCUUCUUCGCCGGCGGUGGGUACCCCGAGCUCUCUCUGAGCACCCUCGGCGGUCCCUCCGCCGCUCAGAGGGCUGCCGGUGCCACCAACCUCCAGGACGGCACUCCUCUCGUCCCCGCCAUCCAGGCCUGCCAGGCUGCCGGCAAGCCGGUUAUCCUCAGCAUGGGUGGUGCCGUCGACUUCUCGGCCGUCACUCUGACCGGCGACUCCCAGGGCCAGCAGAUUGCCGACACCGUCUGGAACCUUUUCCUGGGCGGUACCGCCAACCCCUCUCUCCGUCCCUUUGGCAGCGUCAAGCUGGACGGUGUUGAUAUGGACAACGAGACCGGCAACCCCACUGGCUACCUGGCCAUGGCCCAGCGCUUCAAGUCCAACUUCGCCCAGGACCCCAGCAAGAAGUACUACCUGACUGCUGCUCCUCAGUGCCCGUUCCCCGACGCCUCGGAGCCCCUCAACGUCUGCCAGCUGGCCGACUACAUCUGGGUCCAGUUCUACAACAACGGCAACUGCAACAUUGCCCAGUCUGGCUUCAACACCGCCGUCCAGAACUGGAGCAAGAACAUUGGCAACGCCACCCUCUUCAUUGGUGCUCUGGCCAGCGGUGCCGACGGUGACUCGGGCUUCGUCUCCUCCAGCACUCUGCUGUCUGCUUACCAGGGCGUCUCCAACCUCAACCUUCCCAACAUUGGCGGUAUCAUGCUCUGGGAGGCUCAGCUCGCUGUCAAGAACGGCAACUACCAGCAGGUCAUCAAGGCUGGCAUCUCUGGCGGCAGCAGCGCUCCUCCUCCUCCUCCCCCUCCUCCCUCCAACUGCUCCUGGGCUGGCCACUGCGCCGGUGCCUCUUGCGGCACUGACGACGACUGCUCCGACGAUCUCACCUGCAACGGCGGCGUCUGCGGUGCGCCCGGCAGCACUCCUGCUCCCACCUGCUCCUGGGAGGGACACUGCCUGGGUGCUUCUUGCGGCAACGACAACGACUGCUCUGACCCUUACUCUUGCAAGAACGGCGUCUGCUCCAACUAA